AUGGCAGAUGAGUAUACAAGCACAAACUGGUGGGAUUCAUCUUCAUCAAGCAGGAACAGGUUUGACAGUACUGGAUCGUCAUCUACAACUUCAGGACUUAAUAGUUUAGGUAGCUUUGCUUGGCCAACAGAAAUGGUCGAUGCCAAAGGAAGGUCUUCUAUGGAAACUGUCUCGGUCUCAGAUAGUUCUGCAGUUUUUCAUGAUUCCCAGAAGCUGCAACAAGGCCAUGAUUCUUCAGCUGACUUGCAUAUGAUGGGUUUAGGCCUCUCUUCACAAGCCAUGGAUUGGAAUCAAGCCUUACUUCGCGGCGAUAAGUCUGAGAGCAGUUUUCGAUCGAUGCUUCAAGAUAAUUUGAGUUCAAGCACCAAUUAUCAGCAAGAAACUGGGAUUGGAUCAUCUCAAGCUCAGUGGAGAGAGAGAGUGUUUACUGGGGUCAGUGGAGAUUCCUCUAUGACUGAGUUUAAGCAAAUGAAUCGAGGUUUCUCUUUAGAUCAACCACAAUUUAGUCCUCACGGGAGCUCCAGUGAUAGUACUGUGACAUGUCAAGGCUUGCAGUCUAGUUUCCCAAUGGAUUCCUCAAGUAUCUAUGGAAGCCCUUCAACUAUGUUACAAGGGCUAUUGGUAUCAGAUAAUCAAGCACAACAGUCUUCUUUUGAGAACCGGUCGAUGAGUUAUGCAUAUGGGGCAAAUUAUGGGAUUAACACUAAUGAACUGUUGCAUUCUUGGUCUAAUAAAGUACCUCAAUUCUUGAGAAAUUCACCUCCCAAACAGCCUCCUCACAACCAAUUGCACUUCUCCAAUAAUGCUCCCUUUUGGAAUGCAUCUGCAAGUUCCAUGAGUGAUGUUCGUCCGAGCUUUUUUACGUCGAUGCAACCGCAGUUUGCUACAUCGAAUUUUGAUGAAAAACCAAAGCAGAAUAUAUCUGAAGGACGGGAAUCGAAUACCGUAGUAAAGAAGAGUGGGAGCGAGGCAGCAACAAAAAGGCCCAGAAAUGAAACACAAACACCGUCAGCUUUACCAGCUUUUAAGGUAAGGAAAGAGAAGAUGGGGGACAGAAUCACUGCACUCCAACAAUUGGUUUCACCUUUCGGAAAGACUGAUACAGCCUCAGUGCUCUCUGAAGCUAUUGAAUACAUCAAAUUCCUCCAUGAGCAGGUCACAGUCUUGAGCACCUCAUACAUGAAAAGUGGAGCUCCCAUACUCCACCAACAGAAUUCUGAGAAGUCUAAGGACCCUGAAGGACACAAACAAGAUCUUAGAAGUCGCGGGCUAUGUCUAGUACCGGUAUCGAGCACUUUCCCGGUUACUCAUGAGACCACGGUUGAUUUUUGGACCCCUACAUUUGGAGGGACUUACAGAUAA